GAGAGAGACAGAGAAGGUGGAGUGUAGGGUACAGGCAGACACAGCUGGGUUCAGGGCUCUGGUUCUUCUCGGCCCGGCGGCUGACUUCAGUAGCGGUUGUGUACCUCUGUACGAGGUAAACCACCAUCUGGGUUACAGGCAAAGGGGGAGAGGAGAGGCCAGCGGACACGUCUGGAAUGACUGAGGAAUAAAAAAGAUAGCUCAAAAAGGGGGUGGGCGACAUCGCAAACCCAGGAGGAAACAGACCCCGACCAGACGAGCCGUGAGAUACAGAGAGAAGGAGGAUCUAAGGGGGGGAAAGGCUGAUAAGAAACACAACAGAGGAGAAGCAUUACCACAAGGCAGGCAUGGCAGAUGCAGAGCUGGACUUUCAGACGGGUGAUGCCGGGGCGUCCUCCACCUACCCCAUGCAGUGCUCUGCCCUGCGCAAAAACGGUUUUGUUCUGCUGAAAGGCCGCCCCUGCAAGAUUGUUGAGAUGUCCACCUCCAAGACCGGCAAGCAUGGCCACGCUAAGGUUCACUUGGUCGGUAUUGACAUCUUCUCUGGUAAGAAGUAUGAAGAUAUUUGUCCCUCCACCCACAACAUGGACGUACCCAACAUCAAGCGAAUGGAUUACCAGCUCAUUGGCAUCCAGGAUGGCUACCUGUCCCUGCUCCAGGACAGCGGAGAGGUGAGAGAGGACCUGAAGAUUCCUGAGGGAGACCUGGGAAGAGAGAUAGAGAGCAAGCACGAAUCCGGAGAGGAGAUCCUGAUCACCGUUCUAAAUGCAAUGGAGGAAGAAGCUGCAAUUGGCAUCAAAGCCUUGGGUAAAUAAGCCACUGAAGGGGCAAUCGAGAUGCACUGGACCUGGGGGAAAAGGAGGGGAUAUUGCCUCGUCAAUGCUAUUUUCCCUCUUUUUUUGUCUUUGUUUUUCAUAUUCUCUCUCCCUCACUCUGUUUUCUGAUCCUCCUUUGGGCUCCAUUAGAGAAUUUUAAUAAUCAAUUGGGAAUUUUAAACAGUAAAAAAAAAACAUUCUCUAUGUACAUGCACACAUAACAAACCCACAUUGGAGUCCGGACAUACAGAUGUAAAAGAAGUGGUGGAAGGUCUGACUAAGGAUUGAGUAGGUCUACAAAUAUUCUGUAGCCGCCUACCUUCAGGGCAAGCUGUUGAAAAUGUCACAACUGCUUUGUUUUUGUUUGUUUGUUUUUUAAAAAAUAUGUUCCCGAUUUAUCAAGGGCUUCAACUCUAGAUCUGCAUUGUUCUGUUGAGGCUUGUUCAGCUUGUGCCAUACAGGACUGAAUACAUGACUCGAUUUUGUAUUUCUGUAUAGCACUAUUCUUUUAGCAGUUGAUCUGAACAAGCCCCCUGCUUCUGCUGUUUAUCGCCUGAAACUUGUCUAUUAAACAAAAAGGUUACCAACAUGGCA